AUGAAAGAAUUACUGUAUUUCGGUUGCCUACUCAUUGUUGUGUUUGGUGUUGAGAAUGCCCAAAAUACUCGGAGUCGAUUGCAGGAUUUGAAUGAAAGAGCGUCAAGAACGGCUGCGAAAAAGGAAAGACCAAGGAUAGAGACGGUCACUGUCGACAAAGAGAAAAUGGCCGAACUUGAGCCCAGAGUGCUACUUUUCCCAGUCAGUCAAUCUCCGCCCGGGAACGCCGUGAUGACACAGAAAGAUCAACCAAAGGGGAUGAUUGUUUCGAGUCAAUUCAACAGUCUCAUGUUGGGCGCAGUGAUUCAACCACCCCUCCCCGGCGCCACUCAUCCACCAUUGACAACUCGGAAUCCGAGAGACGGCACUCCAGUCCCAACAACAACUCCAUUCUCCAUUCAUGAUGUCCGACCAGCGCCCAAAGCGGCCUCAUUUCAAGGGGCUCUCUUUGGAGGCUCAAAAGUGAGCAAAGAGUUCCUGAAGGGUGACUGGAUCAAGAAAAGCGACGAAGAGAGUGAAGAGUCAUCCAAAGAAACGGAGAAGCCAAAGAAGAAACACUCACGAAAAACGUCAAAGAAAUCGAAGACCGACGGGAAGACCGGUGAUGUUGCUGAGGAGUUGAAGCAU